UCAGAGUUUUCAUAAAUUCAUUUUCCAACUGACUUCCUUUUUUUAAAAAAAUGGGUCGUGUUAUAAGAAGUCAAAGGAAAGGAAGGGGUAGUGUGUUUAAAGCACAUACCGCACAUCGUAAAGGAGUACCAAGAUUAAGAGCAAUAGAUUAUUCCGAACGAAAUGGAUAUAUAAAAGGAGUUGUUAAAGAUAUCAUUCACGACCCUGGUCGAGGUGCACCUUUAGCCGUUGUUGUUUUUAGAGAUCCAUAUAAAUAUAAAUUAAGAAAGGAGUUAUUUAUAGCUGCCGAAGGCAUGUAUACAGGGCAAUUCGUGUAUUGUGGUAAUAAAGCAAAAUUACAGAUUGGCAAUAUCCUUCCCUUAAAACAAAUGCCAGAAGGUACAGUUGUUUGUAAUUUAGAAGAAAAGAGUGGGGAUAGAGGAAAAUUAGCUCGAACAUCUGGUAAUUAUGCCACAGUUAUAGCUCACAAUCCAGAAACAAAAAAAACCCGUAUAAAACUUCCAUCAGGAACAAAAAAACUAGUUCCAUCUAACAACAGAGCUAUGAUCGGUAUUGUUGCUGGAGGAGGUAGGAUAGACAAACCCAUAUUAAAAGCUAGCAGAGCUUAUUAUAAAAACAAACCUAAAAGGAAUAGAUGGCCUAAAGUUAGGGGUGUUGCUAUGAAUCCUGUUGACCAUCCUCACGGAGGAGGUAACCAUCAACAUAUAGGCAAAGCCUCGACUGUAAGAAGGGAUGCUCCACCAGGAAGAAAGGUUGGUUUGAUUGCUGCACGUAGGACAGGUAGGAUUAGAGGAACAAAAGUUGUCACCAAGAAAGAUGAAUAAUAUGUUAUUUAUAUGAUUGAAUGUCUAAGAAUAUAUACAUGAUAUAAAAAUUAAUUUAAUUAUUAUAUAAAAAUUAUAACUCUUUUUGGAGUUAAUAUAAUAAAUUUAUUCUCAAUUAUUUUAUUA